UUUUGUUCUAAAAUGAGUCCACUCAGGUACGACAAAUAUGUACUCAUACUUAGUCUCUAAUAGGUAAUAUUUAUUAUUAUCAUAUUUAUCUAACCAUAUAAUCCAUGAAUGAUCUCUCAAUUACUCAAUAUAGAUAGCUAGGCAAUAGGCAAGUUCUGCAGCAGGGGAGCCAGCACCUAAAUCACAGACGGACUGCCCCUCAUAGUGCGGGGCUGAUAGUGAUCACCACCAUAACUCACCAUCUCAAUUGACUCAACUUGCCCAACAACUUCAUACCUACGGACCUUUCUCUUAUCAUAGGAACAAUCAUGUCUGACUUCCCUUCUCUCCAGCCCGCCUUCAAGGUCGCGGUCAUCAUUGAGGCUCCCCUGCCUGUUGGCAGCGCUUCUCGGACCCAACCGCUGCAGGUUGUGCCCAUGACAGGAGGCACUCUGAAGAGUGCUCCUGGGUUUGAACCCGCCAUUGAUGCUGAAUUUGUCGGUGUUGGAAAUGAUUACAUCCACGCUGACCCCGAUGGAAAGCAUCUCCGUCUGAAUGCUCAUGGAGUUGUGAAGACCAAGGAUGACGCUCUUCUCUAUGUGAACUACACGGGUGUUGUCACCAUGGGGCCUGCCGAGCAGGCUGUUUUCGGUGGCACUGCCGCAGAUGGCGCUACUCCAUUUGGCAACUCUUUCACCCACUUCACAUUCGAGACCGGUGAUGAACGCUACAAGGAAUUCGAAAACCGCGUCUUUGUCGGCCAAGGACGAUUCAGAACAGAGAAGGGCAAGCCAAUGGUUGUCGAGUAUCACGUUGGACAGGCCAUCAAGGGCUAA